AUGGCAGGCCGUGUGCUGUUGGUGUGCGCCCUCUGCGUGCUGUGCUGCGCCGCCGGCGUGGACGUGGGCCACUGCACGGAGAGCAACUGGAGAGACUUGCGGGCCGCAAGGUGGCGAGAACUUCUGCUGUGGGAAUGUGAGUAUGAGUUCAGGAACGAGACUGACGAGAAGAAGACGGCGUCAAUUGCGAACUGCAAAAGAGAAGUGGAGGGCAAUAUUUCUGCCGUGUUUGGCUCCGCUGGCCUUGAGAGCCGUCAGGAUGUGCCUCCUGCGGGUCACAGCGCGGCGGGCGGCGGCGGCGGCGGAGGGCUGACCGGAGAAGCGCAGCAGCGGCAGCAGGAGGCUCAGUUGCCACGCGCCACGGAAGGGCAAAGGGAAGACGUGAAGGCACCGGUGGCGAGGCCCCCACCGCCACCGCCAGCUCCGCAAAGAGUAGAAACUGCGAAGGAAGCAGCUGGCAGGUUGCCAGGGACAAACGGGGGAGCGGCCGCCGCGUCCGGGCCCGCGCAGGUGACCUCCACCGACGGCGCUGCUCGGCCCCCGGCGCAACCGUCUGCCCCGACGCGUGGCGGCGCCAACGCUGCCGGCAGCCGCGGCGAGGGGCACACUGCGGGGGCUGCCGAAGGCACUCCACCGUCGCAGGAUGCGGCGCAAACAAAAGCCACGCAACCUGACGACUCCGCUGCUUCGCAGACAACCGGCGCGCAGGAAACGACACCGACGGGGCUUGUCGCCAAAAGCGGCACAGCGACUGCUGUCGACGCCAGCCCCCCCACUGACGAAGCGGACGAGAGCGGCAGGGCCGCCGGCCUUCAAGGCGCGUCAGACAGCACAGAGGCUCCGGCAGCGGCCGGGGGAGAAGUAUCCACCACACCGUCGGCUACCGGCGCCACCGCCACGAAUGCAACGAAGGCGGCGCCCGGCGGCAGCGGGGGUGACGGCAGCACAGCUGCCUUUCACUGCGCCUCCCGCCUUGCGAUUUUUCUUUCUGUUGCGUGUGCGGCUGCCGCUGCGAUGCUGGCCGCGUAA